AUGGCUCCCUCGGCUCCCGGGACGGCCAGCAACUCGCCGGCCAAGAAGACCUCCGCCCCCGAGAAGAAAUACAAGUGCCAGUUUUGCAAUCGCGCUUUCAGCCGUAGCGAACACCGCAGCAGACAUGAACGUUCCCACACGAAAGAGCGACCUUUCAAAUGUUUAAAAUGUCGGAGUACCUUUGUUCGUCGCGACCUUCUCCUGCGCCAUGACCGAACUGUCCAUGCGAAAGAUGGCGGAAUUCCCCUGGUUGCAGAGGGGCGCCGACGUGGUGGAGGGGUCCAAAAAUCCUCGUCCGCCCCAUCCAAGCCGUCAAUCACCAUUGACCCGGCGACGCUGGAACAGAUCGAGGCAAGCAGUGAUGGUAUGGUCGACCUUGAAACUGCAGCCAUGUUGAUGACAGAUUUCCAACAUAAGGCUGCAGCAGCGGCGAAUGGCCGGGUUUCCGAGCGCUCCGAAUCGUUGUCCCCUGGCCGCGGCUCCUUCGAGCCCUACCUGUCGGGCAACGCUACCCUGCCCCAGAUGCCAUGGGAUACACUCGCCUCGCCCGCGGAUCAUGGCUCGAUGCCCACCUUUGUCGACCGCCACGGCCCCAUCGGAGACGUUCUCCUGUCCAACUCACUGCCCAUGUCUGGAAACUCUACGCCGAACGCGCUUUCCCCGUACCCGUCCAUGACCGGCCCCGUUAGCCCUGUUAACUAUCGCCGGUCGCCCGGUCCCAGUCAGGCAUUGACUCUCCCCAAGGCCCCUCAAAUUGCUGACGAGAUGGAGCGCAACCUGGUUGUCGAGCGUGUUCAGGGAGCGGACACUCUCGGUGCCCUGCCUGAGACCUUCCAGCUCCCGACCACUGCUAUUUUGAACCGGUAUUUGUCCACGUACUUUAAUCUGUACCACCCCCAUCUGCCGUUCCUUCAUCAGCAGUCAUUUAACGCUACCACUGUCUCGCCACCUUUGCUGCUUGCCGUGCUGUCUAUCGGUGCUCUGUACACUUUCGAGCGCGAUAAUUCUUUCAUGCUUCAUGUUGGCUCCAAAGUCCUGGUCAACCAAUUCCUUCAGCAUAAGGACAACUUCGAUUCUCGCAAGUGCCCCCUGUGGUUGAUGCAGAGCAGCCUGCUGAACAUGGUCUUCGAAAGCUGGAGCGGUGACCCCAAGGGUCUCGAGUGGACUUGCUCCAUCAAGAGUCUUCUGGCCAAUAUGGUUGCUGGCAACCGCUAUCAGCUCAAGGUGCGCACCGAGGCUCGCCAGGGUAUCAAGCCCUCUCGUGAGGAGUGGGUUGAGGAUGAAUCAUGCCGCCGCACGUACUUCGCCGUAUAUAUCUUCUUCGGCAUGUUGACGCUCACCUUCAACCACACUCCUGCCAUGAGCUUCGACGAGUUCGAUAGUCUCGAGCUCCCGUCGUCCGAGUCUCUCUGGAACCUCGAUGCAUCUGACGAGGAGACCUGGCACCGCAGCGUGGGUGCCAACACCUUGACCGUUCGCGAAGCCCACGACUUCCUGUUCCAGGGCGAGCAGACCCGUUACAGCGCCUUUGCUACCCGUGUUCUCAUCAACGCCCUGUUCCUGCAAGUUUGGAACCACAAGCGCAGCUUUGAGGCCCUGCAGGAUGUCGUCACCGAGUACAAGCUGCGCCUAGCACUGGAGACCUGGGAGAACUCUCUUGAAGUGUGCGAGCCCGAGACCAUCGUGGUCCCGCUCAGCACUCCCCAGAAGGGACACCCGCUCAUCUUCAACUCCAUGGCCGUCUACCGCAACACCCGUGCUCGUCUGGAAGUUGACCUCAAGUCCAUCCAGGAGGCCAUGCGCUACCACUCCUCGUACGAGGUUGCAGCCGCCAUGACCGUUGCUCGUGAAAAGGUCAAGCGCGGACAGGAGAUGAACAAGGUCGUGCAGCAGUGUUUCGAGUGCAUUGAGAUCGCGGCCAUUCAAGGCAUCAACUGGGUUGCCAAGACCUCCGCCACCAACUGGAGUGUUGAGCACCCUCUCUGCGGCCUCGACCUGAUGGUCAUCCUGAGUCUCUGGCUCUACCGCCUGGAACAUGACGAGGAGCCGGCGACUGAGGCUGAGUUGGCCAUCUACAACAAGGUGCGGAACCUGUUCGACGACGACGCCAUCGACGCUUUUGGCAAACUCAGUUCCACCGUCGCCCGUGUUUGGGGUAACAUCCUUGACGGCGUGGUUGUCUGGGGAAUCACCAAGUUGAUGGGCGAGUCGUUCAAACUUCACUCCCAGGCUCUUGUCGGUUACGAGGAUUCUCUGCGUGUCGCAAAGGACCAGCCGAUCCACGCGGUGCCAACCAAGUCGCUCGCCAGCGUCGGCACCGCGUACUAA